AUGGAGUUUAUGAUUUCACCAAAUUCCAUGCUUGAUCCAGUUAGGCACUUUACUCUUUCAAUCGGUUCCUUGAAUUGCCCUCUCCCACUGUAUCAAUUGCUGGAACUGAGUGGAUGUCUUGAGAUGUCGGAUAAUAAAGCAGCUCAUACAAGACCAACAGAAAAUAACAAAAAACAUCCGCCUAGAUACGCUGGAUUUAUAGCUGGUGUGUUCUCUGGAGUGAUGAAGAAUGCAGUUGGUCACCCUUUUGAUUCAGUUAAAGUCCGUUUGCAGACAUCCUCUGGUAGAUUUACGGGUCCAUUAGAUUGUACCUUGAAGACUUUGAGGAAUGAAGGUGUCCAAGGUCUUUAUAAAGGCUUUACACCGCCAUUGGUUGGAUGGGUUUUAAUGGAUUCUGUGAUGCUUGGUUCAUUGACCGUUUAUAGGAGGUUGGUUAAGGAGAAUAUCUAUCCAGACGAGAAAAAGAUGCCCCUUUUUGGCCACUGUCUUGCCGGCUUGCUAUCAGGAUGGACUGUUUCGUUUGUUGCUGCGCCUAUUGAAACGUUGAAGGCAAGAUUACAGGUUCAAUACGACGCAAAGAGCAAAAUAUAUUCCGGACCAAUCGACUGCUUGAUAAAGUUGUGGAAACACGAUGGUAUCAGAACACUCUAUAAAGGGCUGAUACCGACCAUGAUCUUUAGGACGAAUUUCAUUGUCUGGUGGGGUUCAUAUGAGAUAAUUACAAAUUAUUUCACAGAGCAUACCAACCUAAGUAAGGCGGCUACAAACUUUUGGGCAGGCGGACUGAGUGCCACAUGUUUUUGGAUCACUGCUUACCCUGCAGAUGUUGUUAAGAAUGUCAUCAUGAUUGAUGGUGUCUCGAAUCCUAGGUUCCACAAGUAUUCAGAUGCAGUUAAAUAUGUUUAUCGUGAAAGAGGGGGUCUUAGGGGUUUCACUAAGGGGUUCUUACCCAGUAUAUUGAGAAGCUUCCCUGCUAAUGCUGCCGCUCUAGCUGCUUUUGAAUUUGUAAUGAGAUUGUUUUAG